AUGUCUCGGUCGGUUUGGAUCCCACGACUGAUCAUUCUUGCUAUUACUUUUACUAGCAUCGCCUGCCCUUCAUGGUGGCAGCCGGCCGUGUCGAAACUCUAUGGCUCUUUCUACAGUUGGUCUUUGUACAACCGCUCGUUCUUUGAGACUCUAGAAACCGUUUUCUGUUACGUCACUAUCGAGCCCAUUUACACUUGGCGAUAUGCGCACAACCCAACUCGUCGAGUCGACAUCCGCCAGUCUACGACCAACACUAAGGGUCGCCCUGCCUUGCCUAAAAUGAAGCGCCCAUCAACCCGUCUUCCAGAGCUGGUCACCUACGUGGCUCCCCUUCUGCUACUUGACUUGACUCUGAUUAAAAAGUAUGCUGGAGUGGACAUAGCGAGUAUCAGACAAUCGGGUGGGUAUGCGCCCUGUCCGGCUUCCCAGGGAACUAUCAGCCCAAGUUUUCUUGCUCCCACCUUUCACCGAUUCACCUUGCACUCUCCGCUGCAAUUGGUUCGUGCCCUGCCGCCCGAAGCUCCCACAAGCCGACGAGUUCUUUUCGAAUUAGCAGCGUCAAUCUUUCUCUACGAUGCUCUGUUUUUUGUGAUCCACAUUGCGUUCCAUCGCAUACCCUUCCUCCACCGGAUCCACGGUCCACAUCACGGACACAAUGAAAUUCAUCCGCAAGUGACUAAUCGAUUGAGUGUCACGGAGCGCACCGCAUUGAUUCUACUGGCCAACUUUGCAUUGAACAUCAUCGGGAGCCAUGUCCUCACUCGGACUCUAUUCAUUCCGAUAUUCAUAUAUCUGCUUAUCGAGGUACAUUCGGGUGUAGAGCUUGAUUGGCAAUAUGACAAGGUCCUCCCACCUGGAUGGGGGGCAGGGCCAAUCAAGCAUGCGAUGCACCACCGGGAAGGGAAACGGUAUUUUCAGCCCUUUUUUUGCUGGUGGGACAAUCUCCUAGAAGAACCGGAGAGCAAGGAAGGUAAGAAGUGGAACAGGAACGCCCAAAAACAUGCACAGCCACCCAUUGAGUAA